UACCUGCAGUUGUGCGCGCGAGUGUGUGUCACUGCUUUGAAGGCGUCAUGGCGAACCCGCACGAAGCUUCUGCGAGGAAGCGCGUCUUCAGGGGCACUUUGAUCCAUGCCACCAAGGAAGAGGCAGUUCAGGUCCUGGAAGAUGCACUACUGGGAGUUAAUGCCGACGGAACGAUCGCCUUCACUGGAGAAGGCAAAGAGCUGGAUCGACUCUGUAAAGAGUUUGCAUAUAGUCCAUCGGCAGUAACUCAUCUGGAAAAACAUGAAUUCUUUAUGCCAGGAAUGGUGGACACCCACAUUCAUGCCCCCCAGUACAGCUACGCUGGGACGGCCCUGGACUUGCCUCUGCUUGACUGGCUCAACAAAUACACCUUUCCUGUGGAAUCCCGCUUUAAAGACAAGAGUUUUGCGCAGAAGGUCUACACUCAAGUCGUGAGAAGAACUCUGAGAAAUGGAACAACCACUGCUUGUUACUUUGCCACAAUACAUACCGACUCAUCUCUCCUGUUGGGCCACAUUGCAGACAAGUUGGGACAGCGAGCCUUGGUGGGUAAAGUGUGUAUGGACCGGAACAAUUCUGUGAAACAUUACAAAGAGACCAUCCAAGAGUCCCUGAAAGAAACCCAUCGUUUCAUUGCUGAGCUCUUGGAGAAAAAGUACGCUCUUGUGAAGCCCGUGGUGACGCCUCGCUUUGUCCUUUCAUGCUCGGGAGCCUUGUUGAGACAACUGGGACAACUUGCUAAGAAUAACAACCUGCAUAUUCAGAGUCACAUUAGUGAAAAUGUUGAGGAGGUGAAGAUUGUGAAGGAGCUGUUCCCUGAUUCUGAUUCUUACACAGAUGUCUACCACAAGCAUAACCUGCUUACCAACAAGACGGUGAUGGCGCAUGGCUGCUAUCUGAGUGAUGAAGAGUUGGCCUUGUUUAGAGAGACAGGAGCUUCUUUGUCUCACUGUCCAAACUCCAAUAUCUCGUUAUGCAGUGGAUUCCUCAAUGUCCGUAACGUCUUGAACCACAAAGUGAAGCUUGGCCUUGGCACAGAUGUGGCGGGUGGCUACUCUGCCUCAAUGCUGGAUGCCGUGAGGAGAGCCUUGGACACAUCCAAAUUGCUGACCAUAAAGGACACGGAACAUGAGACGCUCACCUUUGAGGAGGUGUUCAGGCUGGCUACACUCGGAGGCAGCCAAGCUUUGUCCCUGGAUGACCAAAUUGGAAAUUUCGAAGUGGGCAAAGACUUUGACGCUCUGAGGGUGAAUGUAAUGGUUCCUGGCGGACCCAUUGACUUGUUCCAGCAUGAGGAACCCAAGAUUAUUCUUGAAAAAUUCUUGAAUUUGGGUGACGAUCGGAACAUAGUGGAGGUUUACGUGGCUGGAAGGAAUGUGGUACCAUCUGCAGAGUAGUCUCUCCAUCUCUCCACAUACCUUUUCAUCACUCGAUUAAAUUGCUUGAAAUGUUGCCUGUCGUCUGAGGAAUGAGUCACAAUCAGGCAGUCAGUCUAUUAUUUGUAGUGUGUAGCCUUUUCUAUUCAAUUGCAAGUGUAGGUCAUAGGGACCAGCCUGGCAAGUAAAAGACUUGUAAAAGCAAUGUAUCAGCUACUGUGUAUCUAACUGCAAGUCAGCAUUACCAUGAGCAAGUUAAGCUAAUCUUGACUAAUCAAGAGUAUUUUAUUCUUCACCAUUAGCAUCAAUGUUCAUUUUAUAUACAGUGGUAGAUGGACUGAUGCGUUUUUGGAGAUAUGAGCCAUAGCUCGGCCGAUUUUUUUGCCUUGAUUUGUGAGCAAUGAUUUGAAUUAUGAGUGAGCUUGAGAGACUCAACAGUGCCAGUGAAGCAAUUAGGGUGAAACCUCUUAGAGGAAUUCAGUUCAUUCACAAAUCAGUUUACAACAUUUUUUUAGCACAAAUACUGUUAACGUCAUAUGCUCAAUGGGUUGCGUAAUUCAGUUCUAGAUUUUUUUUUGGGGGGGGGGGGCUGUAACAUAAUCUCCAGUAUGACUCCCAAGAAAGUGAAAUGUGCAAGUGAUGGCGCUAUUAAGAAACCUUGGAAAGUGAGCUGCCAUGAAGGGGUAACAAAGCUACAGACGAGCUAAAAGGCACUCUUGAGGCCACGCCAUUUAAAGCCACAACACACUUGCUGUAUGCACUAUAUGUAUGCGUGUGUGUGGGGAUGUGUGAGAUGUUUGGCUUAAUUACACUUACGAAACCAGUUUAUUUCUUUACAUUCUCUAUUUUGAUAUUUCUAUUUUAGAGUACAAUGAUAUUGUACUUUGUGGGGCUUUGUGAGGGUUAAUGCCAUUGCCAUUCUUUUCAUGGGGAAAGUUGAUUUGAGAUAGGUGUAAUUUGAGUUACGAGCAUGGACACAACAAAUUCAACUCCUAAGUCAGGGCACCACCUGACUUUAAAUAUGACCCGUCUUUCAUUUCAAAUUGCAGAGACACGUGAUUUGUUUUUUGUUAGUUUUGAAAGUCUCUCAGUUGUUGCAUUAAUGAUGUGUUACUAUCAGACGUUAGUACACUUUUGGAAAUCCAUUAAAUUUGAUGUCACAAAACAAAAUGUCAGUAUGUGGCACAAACUAUUGAUAGCAUUUGAAACAUGAGUACUUCUUUUAAAUUGUCCUUGAUGUCUCAAUCCAUGGGGAACUGAAAUAAGUGCGUGUGAACUGAGAAGUAAGUGCCUUCAUGACCUGUGGUGGAAUACUUACUAAUAAA